GACACGUUCGGUUUCUCCUCUCUCUCUCACCAUUUUCUCGAACGACAACUUGCUUUUUCUUCAGUAUCUCUCCCAAAUUCGUCUUCUAUUCGUCAUCUUCGUCUCCGCCAGAUUUGACUGUGAGAUUCAUGAGUUGAAUCACAGGGAAAAGUAUGUUCGACUGUGGCCAAAAAGCAGUGAAAACACAAGUAAUCAGUGGCCAAAGGGAGAAGUUUGUAAGGUUGGACAGUAUGGACUCGAGGUACUCGCAAGCUUCUGAUGCGGGUCUGAACAAAUGCACAUUCAAUUUACAUGGACCCAAACGAGCCGCUCAGGCCAACAAAGCGGCCUCGGGAUCUUUCAAGAGGGGAAUCAGAAAAGGGUCCGAAGGUCUUUGGUCUAUCGGGCGAUCAAUUGGGCUCGGGGUUUCACGGGCAGUGUUUCCCGAAGACCUUAAAGUAUCGGAGAAGAAGAUAUUCGAUCCGCAAGACAAGUUUCUUUUGCUGUGCAACAAGCUGUUCGUCACUUCAUGCAUUCUUGCGGUAUCUGUGGAUCCGCUUUUCUUGUAUCUUCCGUUUGUGGAUGACAAAGAGAAGUGCGUCGGAAUCGAUCGGAAAAUGGCAAUCAUUGCCACGACGUUAAGGACAGUCAUUGAUGCAUUUUAUCUUCUCCGUAUGGCUCUCCAGUUCAGAACAGCCUAUGUCGCACCCUCAUCACGGGUUUUCGGGCGUGGAGAACUCGUGAUUGAUCCAGCACAGAUAGCAAAGCGGUAUUUGCAGCAAUAUUUCAUCAUCGACUUCCUUUCCGUGUUUCCACUUCCACAGAUUAUAGUAUGGAGAUUUCUAUAUACCUCAAGGGGAGCAAAUGUUUUGGCGACAAAGCAGGCAUUGCGUUAUAUCGUUUUGGUUCAGUACAUUCCCCGUCUUGUUCGUAUUUAUCCUCUGAGCUCGGAAUUGAAGAGGACAGCCGGUGUUUUCGCUGAAACUGCCUGGGCCGGUGCUGCAUAUUACUUGCUUCUCUACAUGCUUGCUAGUCAUAUUGUCGGGGCUUUGUGGUAUCUACUGGCCUUAGAACGGAACAACGACUGCUGGACGAGGGCUUGCCACCGUAAUAAUCAGAACUGUACACGGAACUUCCUGUUUUGCGGGAACCAGAACAUGGAUGGUUAUGGCGCUUGGAACGCCAUUAAAGAUUCUGUCCUCGAGGCAGAGUGCCCGGUUGACCAAACUGAUGAUCCUCCCUUUGACUUCGGGAUCUACUCGAGAGCACUUUCAUCUGGCAUCGUCUCAUCUAAGAAGUUCGUCUCUAAGUACUUCUUCUGUCUAUGGUGGGGACUUCAAAAUCUCAGUACCCUCGGGCAAGGGCUUGAAACUAGCACAUACCCGGGAGAGGUCAUUUUCUCCAUAACACUUGCCAUUGCCGGACUUCUCCUGUUUGCUCUGUUAAUAGGAAACAUGCAGACUUAUCUUCAAUCUCUAACGAUCCGGCUUGAAGAAAUGAGAGUUAAAAGACGCGACUCGGAACAGUGGAUGCAUCACCGUAUGCUUCCGCCAGAACUCCGGGAACGAGUCAGACGGUAUGAUCAAUACAAGUGGUUGGAGACCCGAGGAGUGGAUGAAGAAAAUCUCGUUCAGAAUCUGCCAAAGGAUCUCAGAAGAGAUAUCAAACGGCAUCUCUGUCUCGCCUUGGUCCGCCGGGUUCCGUUGUUUGAGAAUAUGGACGAGAGGCUGCUUGACGCGAUAUGCGAGCGGCUGAAGCCAUGUCUGUUCACGGAGAGCACGUACCUGGUUCGGGAGGGUGACCCGGUUAACGAAAUGCUCUUCAUAAUACGUGGACGGCUCGAGAGCGUGACAACCGACGGAGGGAGAAGCGGGUUCUUCAACCGAAGCUUGCUGAGAGAAGGAGAUUUCUGCGGGGAAGAGCUGUUGACAUGGGCGCUCGACCCAAAAUCCGGGGCCAACCUCCCGUCCUCAACCCGAACCGUGAAGGCCCUGACCGAAGUCGAGGCAUUUGCACUGAUAGCGGAUGAGCUGAAAUUUGUGGCGAGCCAGUUCAGGAGACUCCAUAGCAGGCAAGUUCAACACACUUUCAGGUUCUAUUCUCAGCAAUGGCGGACUUGGGCUGCUUGCUUCAUCCAAGCCGCUUGGCGUCGGUACGUCAAAAGGAAGAAAAUGGAGCAACUUCGCAAGGAAGAAGAAGAGGAAGAAGGAGGAGGAGGGGGAGGGGGGUCAGGCGGGAGUUCAUACAGUAUCGGGGCGACGUUUUUGGCGACAAAAUUUGCGGCAAACGCUCUUCGGAACAUUCACAAGAACCGAAUCGCUGCGGCCAAGUCUCCUAAAGAACUGGUGAAACUUCAGAAACCACCUGAGCCUGAUUUCUCUGCCGAAGAUUCUUGACUUUCUGAGUUUCCAAUACGUAUUUUCUUCCAUCUGUUUUUUUUUUUUUUGGUAUGAUCUGGUUAUGGUUAUGGACGUUGUAAAAUGGAAAAACAAAAUACUUGAUUUAUAUACUUAUAAUACACUAUAUUGGUAAAAACAGCUCCCAAAUGUAAUGUAAAAAGGAUGAUGUUUGUGAUUA